AAGCUUGCGUGCAUGACCGAUUCAUAUGCUCACUCUGCUUUUUCUGUCAUUCUGCGCCUCGACUCAACCAUGUCUCUGUUGAAGUCCUGCAAGGUGAUCUCCAGUAUUGGGACUUUCUCCCCAUCUCUGGGAGUUUUGUCUACACGUAACAGUUCAUGGUGGGGUGGAGUGCAGAUGGGCCCCCCUGACCCCAUCCUGGGGGUGUCGGAGGCCUUCAAGAGGGACACCAGCCCGAAGAAGAUGAACCUGGGGGUGGGGGCCUACAGGGACGACCACGGCAAACCCUUUGUGCUUGAUUGUGUCCGCAAGGCAGAGGCUCUGAUUUCUUCCAAGCAGUUGGAUAAGGAGUAUCUGGCCAUCGGGGGUCUGGGGGACUUCACCAAGUCCUGCGCUCAGCUAGCCCUGGGGGCUGACAGCGAGGUCCUCAAGAGUGGCAGGAACAUCACUGUCCAGACCAUCUCAGGAACCGGCUCACUGUGCAUCGGAGCCAACUUCCUGUCUCGCUUCCACAGUGCGUCCCGUGACGUGUACCUGCCCAAGCCCUCCUGGGGGAACCACACACCCAUCUUCAGAGAUGCUGGCAUGCAGCUGAAAGCCUACCGCUACUACGACCCCUCCACCUGCGGCUUCGACUUCAGCGGGGCGCUCGACGACAUCUCUAAAAUGCCAGAGAAGAGUGUGAUCAUGCUGCAUGCYUGUGCCCAUAACCCCACCGGUGUGGACCCCAAGCCUGAGCAGUGGAAGGAGAUCGCUGACCUGGUGAAGAAAAGGGACCUGUUGGUGUUCUUUGACAUGGCUUACCAGGGCUUUGCCAGUGGAGAUAUUGAUCGUGAUGCCUGGGCUGUUCGUCACUUCAUCGAGCAGGGCCACAACAUUGUCCUGUCGCAGUCGUUCGCUAAGAACAUGGGCCUCUACGGUGAGCGAGUGGGAGGGUUCACUGUGGUGUGUAACGAUGCCGAGGAAGCUAAGAGGGUGGAGUCUCAGCUGAAGAUUCUGAUCCGGCCAAUCUACUCCAACCCUCCAAUGAAUGGAGCCAGAAUCGCUGCCACUAUUCUCAACACACCAGACCUUUAUAAAAUAUGGUUGGAGGAGGUCCACGGCAUGGCCAACCGCAUCAUCAAGAUGAGGGAGCAGCUGGCGGUCAACCUGAAGAACGAGGGCUCCACUCACAACUGGCAGCAUGUCAUCGACCAAAUCGGCAUGUUCUGCUUCACAGGCCUCAAGCCUGAACAGGUUGAGCGUCUGACUAAGGAGUUUUCAGUAUACAUGACCAAAGAUGGUAGAAUCUCCAUGGCAGGCGUCACCUCUGGCAACGUGGGAUACCUAGCACAUGGAAUCCACGCCGUCACUAAGUAAAAAGGAGAAUGCCGGGAGAAACAGUGGGGCACGGUGGCGCUGGACACAAUCCAUAACAAAAUAAUAAUGGCCACUCCACCCACCCCUUACAGAGGAGCUGGACAUUCUUUAAGACUGUCAAUUGUUCAAAAGUUCAACUUUGACCUCAACCCUCCUUGGGGUAGGGAUGUUUUAAUGGUUAGUUCCCUGUGACCUCCCCAACGAGGCCACCAUGUCAAAGGUUGUUUAGUGAUGGUCCAAUGAUCUGCCCUACAUUUGACUAAUGAGCUGAUGUCUGAUGUCUUUCUUCUACGCUUAUUUAUUGUAUGUCAAAGUUUAAUAUUAAUUAACUUAAUAAAUGGCUUAAUAGUGACAGGUUAAUAUUCUCUUUUAAACCUGCUCUGCCUGCUGUGGUCCAAAUUGCUGUCAGGCUACAGAUGAGUUUACCAACACUUAGGUUGUGUGUGUGUGUGUGUAUGAACUGUGAACUCUUGUCUGUCAUUGGAUAUUUUAUGUAGGAUGUGAAAGUUAAUAUUUUCCUCAACACCAGUAUAGUAGCAGAAAACUCAGCAUUUCCAGAUAACAAUUAGUUAUAAGAUUGUCUGGCACUACUUUUAGAUGAGAUACAGUAAUUGAUAUUUUAAUAUGCUUUAGAAAUGGGCAAUGUAUGAUCAUUCUGUCCUUUCACUCUCUUGCAUUAUCUUGUCUUCCAUAUUCAAUAUAAAUAAUUAUAUUGCUGUACAAGUUUUGUGCUUUUUGCACGAAGAGCAGGGUCUACUGCAUUUCUGCUAAGUGUUGAUGAGUGAGCAGUCAGUUAGCCAGUCUUAAAUGCCCACUAACCCCCCCCCCAAGCACUUGGUUUAUGAGGUUUUAAAGGGGAAUUAUACAGAAAUCGCUCUGCCAUUUCCUGGUUGCUAAAAUUCUAAUAGCUAACCUAAUUUAAGUUUGACAAAACAAGUAAUGUGUAGAGAAUCAUUGUACUAUCUAAACCACUGUGAAAUAUAUCUUAAAUAACCAAAAGUGUUGUAUUUUCAGCUGGUGUACAAAACUGAAAGUAAGAUGCAAAAAUGAAGCUUUGGUAAGCAGAACACAGAACAGAUCUACUGUUUCUUAGACUAGUUUUCAAUGACAAUGACUGCUUUAGAAAUGUUUAGUUAUAUGUGAAUUUGGUCCAAAAAGUUACAAAUUGCAGCUUUGAAAGGAUAGACUGUCCUAUGAUGGUGCUCUUGUAUUUCCACAAGCAUUUCACAAGUGUUAUUUAGAUCACUGGGUGACUCCUAUCCCCUCCGUUUCAGAACUAAGAGGUUAUAGAACUUCUAUUAAUACAUAUAAAAAGUUGUAUAGACAGUGUUUUGCUCUAAUGAUCAGCCUUCAAACAUGUUCUCUGUGUGUGUCUUUCUGAUUGUAACAAGACAGAUUGUGCAGGUAAUAUCACCUUUCUGCUGUCUACUCAUGAAGAUUAAGCUGCUCUGUCACCAUGUUCGGGUUAGAGCAAAAUAAUAAAACAAUAUGGAGCAUCGGUUAUGUCUUUCUUUGAACAAUUAAUAAAAUAUCUAUAAUUGAAA